GACAGCGUGAUAUAAACAAACAACAAAUAGCGUGUGCGUUCCAUUUUCACUCUCUCUCCUCGAUGGAAAACAUGUAUCGUCGUAAGGUCCUGGCGUUAUCAGCAAUUGGACUGGUGCUUGUGCAAUACAUGAUGAAGAAACAGUCUCUCAAGAGGCGGAAGCGAACAAUUAGGAGAAACCGCACUAAAUGGGUGAACUCAUGGUUACUACAGCGAGAAGCUCAGGGGGCUCUCCCGAACCUGUGUCGAAAGCUGGAGUUCAAUGAAAUCCCAGAUUUCAAAGAUUUUGCUCGGCUUUUUCCUGUUCAGUUUCAAAUGUUGGAGGAACUCAUCACUCCAAUCAUCCGGAGGCAAAACACCAACUACCGGGACUGUAUCUCCGUGGGGACACGUCUGAUGGUUACGCUGCGAUUGUUGGCAACAGGGGAAAGCUUCAAGAGCCUUUCCUACCAGUUCCGAGUGGGAGUGUCAACGAUACGGCAGUUCGUUCCUGAGACCUGUACAGCCAUCUACGAGGUUUUAAAAGAGAAAUACCUGAAGUGCCCCGACACAGUGGAAGAGUGGCAGAAAGUAGCUGAUGGAUUCCAGGCUCAGUGGGACUUCCCAAACUGCCUAGGUGCCCUGGAUGGGAAACACCUCAACACUCGCCCCCCAUUUUCCAUGGCGCUAAUGGCACUGGUCGACAGCAACUACAAGUUCUUGAAUGUAGAUGUAGGUUGUAACGGGAGGAUUUCAGAUGGUGGUGUGUUUGGUGGAUGCUCACUGCAGGAUGCCCUGGAGAAUAGGACAUCCAACAUCCCUGCACCUGCACCCCCUCCUGCUUCUGACCAGGCGGUUUGUUACUCCAUUGUGGCAGAUGAGGCAUUUCCCCUGAAGGAGUACCUCAUGACGCCCUAUGACCAGAGCCUAGCUGUAGAGCAAGGCAUCUUUAACUACAGGCUGUCGCGGGCUCGGAGGGUGGUAGAAAAUGCCUUUGGCAUCCUAGCCAACCGUUUUCGGGUCUUUCUCACCACCAUAAACAUUCAAGACACUGCCAAAGUGGAGGCCAUUGUUUUGGCUUGCUGUGCUCUGCACAACCUCCUGCUCACAGAGAACUGUAGCGUAUACAUGGCGGGAGUUGUUGACCAGGAAGGACCCGAUCAUGGCACUGUCCCAGGAAGCUGGAGACAAGACCCUGAACUACAGCAGGCCACCCUGCCACCCACCACCAAUGCUACAGCUCGAGCCAAGCAGCACAGGGAUGAACUAUGCCAAUACUUUAACGGUGUCGGUGCAGAGCCUUUUCAGUGGGAUAAGGUAUAGCAAGUAUGUCUAAAGAACUGUACAAUGUAGUGUGUAAUACAAUAAAAAAAAAAAGUUUGUCAUGUCUAAUGCUGUGUUCUCAAUGGCUGUAGUAUCAAGGGAAAUAAAGUUUUGUAUUGCC